AUGGGACUAUCAAGCCCUAGACGAGUCACGCUCAUCCCCUUUCCUUCCCCCUUCGCCCUUUUGGCCAUCCCUCAUCUCCCUCUCCCCUUCCCCUCAUCCUCUUUACCCUCAUCCCCCUGUCCUUCCCAUUUCCCCCACCCUGAGCAAGCCCUAGACCAGUCGCGCUCAUCCCCUUUUCCUCCCCCUUCGCCUGUAGGCCAUCCCUCAUCCUCCCCCUCUCCCCUUCCCCUCAUCCCCUUAACCCUCACCCCCCUCCGUCCCCUUUCCCCCACUCUGAGCAAGUCCUGGAAACGUCACGCUCAUCCCCUUCCCCUCCCCCUUCGCCCUGUGGGCCAUCCCUCAUCUCCCUCUCCCCCUCCCCUCAUCCUCUUUACCCUCAUCCCCCUCCCUGGAAACGUCACGCUCAUCUCCUUCCCCUCCCCAUUUGCCCUCCCUGGGAACGUCACGCUCAUCCCCUUUCCUUCCCCAUUUGCCCUGUUGGGCAUCCCUCAUCCCCCUCUCCCCUCCCCCUCAUCCCCCCUACCCUCAUCCCCCUGUCCUUCCCCUUUCCCUCACCCUGAGCAAGCCCUAGACGAGUCACGCUCAUCGCCUUCCCCUCCCCCUUCGCCCUGUGGGCCAUCCCUCAUCCUCCCCCCCUCCCCUUCCCCUCAUCCCCUUACCCUCAUCCCCUUUCCUUCGCCCUUCCCCUGUUGGCAUCCCCCAUCCUUCCCCUCUUUCUCCGCUCCACUCUCCCCUUAUCCCCCACCGCCCCCCCAUUCCCCUCGACUCCUUUCAUUUAACCUCAUAACCUGCUGCCCUCCCUUCAUUUCCCCCCCACUCACCCCUCAUAUCCCCGCCGCACCCCUUACGCUCCAUGCUCUCACCCCUCGUCUUUCUCCCGCGCAUCCCUCUGCUUCCCUCCCCUCCCCCUCUCCAUUCACCCCUCACCCCUCAUCCCUCCCUCCCCUCACCACCCACAUCAUUUCCUCCCGCCACCCGCUCACCCCCCAUUUUCCCCCCACCCACCCCUCAUCCCACUCGUCUCAAACCCCGCUCACCCCUCUUUCCUGCCCUUGCUUUCUCCCCUCACUUACACCUAUCCCAGCCCCACUUCUUUCCACCCUUACUUUUGAGGCGCCUCAAAAGUCCUGCCCUUGCUUUCUCCCCUCACUUGCACCUCUCCCAACCACACUUCUUUCCACCCUUACUCGCUCCCCUGCCCCUUCGUUCUCCCCUGCCCCUUCGUUCUCCCCUCCCCCACCACCCACCAAAUCAUAUUUCUCCUUCCCACUGCUCACCCCUCAUCCCUCCACCCGCCCUCCUGCUCACCCCUCAUUUCCCCCCCACCGACCCUUAGUCCCCCCUUUGUCUCAAGCGCCACUCAUCCCUCACCCCUCAUCCUCAUCCCUCAUCCCCACCCCUUUCUUCCCCCUCUCACCCCUUGACCUCUCCCCUGCCGCGUACUUCUCCCCUCGCUUCCUCAUCCCCCGCUUUACAUUCUCCCCCCACUUGCACCUCUCCCCCAAGUCACCCCGCACAUCCUUCCUUGCUCGCUCCCCUGCCCCUUCUCCCCUCCCUUCCUCAUCUCCCCCCUCUCCUGCCCCCCACACUUGCCCCUUACAUUCUCGUGUGAUGAGACGAUUUUUUAUUAUCCCGUACAUUCUCCCCGCACUUGCACCUCUCCCCGCUCCACAUCCCCCCUUACUCGCUCCCCUGCCCCUUCCUUCUCCCCUCCCUCCUAGAAACGGGAGGCAUGGCACCAGUGCGUUCCUCCGUGCACCAGAGCUACGCCCUGAACCACCACACCCCCAUUCAUCACCUGUUGUGCCUUGUGCCAAGGCAGGAGGCAUGGCACAAGUGCCUUCCCCCGUGCAGCAGAGCUACGCCCUGAGCCACCACACUCACACUGAAUGCACCAGUGCCCUCCCCCCACUACCCCCAUGGCACCAGUGCGUUCCCCCGUGCAGCAGAGCUACGCCCUGA